CCACCCCAGCCCCGUCCCUCUUCCCCCGGCCCCCCAACCCCCCCUCCCGCCCCAUCCUUCCCCGGUCGUGUCCCCCUCCUCGGCCAUCAUGAACACCAACGUGUGCGUGGAGAGCGGCCCCAACCCCGAGGCGCCGGGGCUGCCCAAGGACAGCCACCUGCCCGAGGGGGCCCUCAACAGCCUUGUGGAUUACAACUCGGAGAUGGAGAGGUACCGCUCGUUCGCCACCUUCUACAAGACCAACGGCGGUGCUUUCCCGCAGGCGGCCAAGAUUGCCCGUAUCACCACCCCCAUCUUCCCCAGCGCCGCCGCCGCCGCAGCCGCCCGCAUCGGCAUGUCCCCCUGGAACUGCGACACUGCCACGGCCGCCGCCGCCACCGCCAUGCUCUGGGGCAGCAGCGGCGGCGGCGGCGGCGCGGCGGGCGGCGCGAGGAAGCCCUCCUCCGCCGCCGCCGCCUCCGCCUCCGCGGCCGCCGCCGCCGCCUCCUCGCUGCACGCCGGCAGGGGCGGCAUGCACCACCGGAGCGACUCGCAGCGGCUGGGCAAGCCCGGCUGCCCGCCGGCCGAGCAGCCAGCCCUGCCCAUGGCCAACGGCAACUUUCUCUCCACCCUCUCCCCCGAGCACUGCCGGCCGCUGGCCAGCGAGUGCAUGAACAAGCUCAAGUGCGGCGCCGCCGAAGCCGAGAUCAUGAACCUCCCCGAGCGCGUCGGCACCUUCUCGGCCAUCCCAGCGCUGGGCGGCCUUUCCCUGCCCCCCGGGGUCAUCGUAAUGACCGCCCUGCACUCCCCCGCCGCGGCGUCGGCCGCCGUCACAGACAGCGCCUUCCAGAUCGCCAACCUGGCGGACUGCCCGCAGAGCCACGCCUCGGCAUCGCCCGCCUCCGCCCUGGGCGCUGCCGCCGGCGCGGGGGGCAGUGGAGGCGGCGGCGGCGGCGGCGGCGGCGGAGGUGGUGGUGGCGGCGGCGGCGGCGGGGGGGUCGGCGGCACCGGCGGCAGCGGGGCCGGGGCAGGGGCGGGCAAUCCCGCCAAGAAGAAGCGGAAACGCUGCGGGGUGUGCGUGCCCUGCAAGCGGCUCAUCAACUGUGGAGUCUGCAGCAGUUGCAGGAACCGCAAAACGGGACACCAGAUCUGCAAAUUUAGGAAAUGUGAAGAGCUUAAGAAAAAACCGGGCACUUCGCUAGAGGUCAGAGGAGAUGAUUUCUUUUUCCCCAGCCUCCCGCCGUCCCUCCUCAACCCCCUGCCUCCCCCCCUCCAAUGCUUCUUGUCUAGCUUCAAGAUGCAGCAUCCCUUUUCCGAGGCCUCCUUCAGGCUGUGAGGGUGCCCCCCUCGCCACGGGCGCACCCCCCCGCUCCCCCGGCUCCCCCCCCGACCUUCCGCGGCGUCGCCCCGCCGCCGCCGCCCGCCCCUCUCCGCCCCGCAGGCAAGAGAAACGCCGCCCCCCGCGGCACCGAGCUGGGUCCUGGCCACGGUCGCCGGCCCCCGCCGAGGAGGGACGGAGCGGAGCGAGAGCCGCCCCCGCGGGCUCCACUGCCCCGGGCCGCAGCGCCCGGUCUUGUCCGACCCGGGGCCCGGGUGGGGAGCAGCGGCCCCCCGCCCCACCAGCUCCUGGCCGUACUGAGACGCCGCUCGCCUGUUGUUACCUGCCGUUCUGUUUUCGUCAGACUGCUGCUGGCUGUCUCUGGGUCCUUUCUCCUUGUUCUUUCUUUCUAACGGCAAUCAUGGCGGUGCGGGUCGGUGUGUAAGGGACAGGGAGGUGGGAAGGGGGAAGUUAUAUUUGGACGCCUAGCUUCUGCCGUCGAAAGUUGGGGGGAAAGUAAUGGCGAGUUCAUCUCUAGGUUGACAGGUAGCGCUUUGUCCAAGACAGACAACUGGCCGCAGAGCCCGGUAGUCGGUGAGACGUGCCCGAGUAAUCUCUUUGGCAAUAUUUUUACGAGAUAACCCGCUCACGGUGUACGAAACACAAUGGAAAAUAGCACAGAGAACACCUGUUCCCAGCGCCGAAGCAUUCCGAUGGUUCUUUUAAGCAGUAGUGUAUCUUAUUUUCAAGGCAGUCCGAAGUGAAUGGCAAGCUAAAGUCUUGUUUUAAGAAACUGCUUAGUCCACCAUUGAAGAUUAUACUCAGAUACUAUUUUCAUUUAUGUAUAGGGGUUUCCUCAAAAAAAAAACAACCCACCAAACCCAAACAAAACAAACCAAACGAACCAGAACCCAACAACCAAGCAAGCAAAAGACAAAAAUCUGGGAGCCUGGGGAAUUGGCCAGCAUCUUCACAUUCAGUACACUGAUUCUUUCUUUGAUGUAACUUAGCUAUACUAGUGAAGUUGUUGUCUAUUUUUAAAGUGACUGUAAAGAAACAAACAAAAAAGUUUUAAAAAAAAAAAAAAGCAAUCAAGUAAAAGUUUGGGUAAACCCCUGCUGUAAAGUCAUGUAUCUUUGAAAAGUAACAUAUCUAUACUUCAUUUUCAAAUCUCUGUGUUUCAGUACUGUAAACUGUACAGAUAGCCGCUUGUAUUUUGUGUGUUUAGACACAAGGAGACAAUCACGUCUGAGCAUCUAUGGAGAUAAAACCGGUUGGUCCACGGCGGUGUGGUUCUGCGACUUAAACCCGGAGCAAUAAAUCCUAGCUUUAACUCUUACUUUUGCUAGUUGUUUAGCAGCAGCAGCAACAGCAGCAGCAGCAGCAGCAGCAGCAGCAGCACUGUUUUGCCACGCACCCUUCCAUAGAGACUUGAUGCCAAGUUGUCCAGGAUAAAAAGAUCGUGAUGCAUCUAGCAAUUACCUUCCGUUGUGGUGGUGUAAGAGGAGAAGAUAUAACAUUUAAAGUUGAUCUUUGAAGCACUGUAUUAGAGUAGUGGUUUGUGCACUUGUGUUGCUUCUAGAGGAGCUUUACAGAGGGGCAUCUCUCAAAAAAACCCUGGGUUUUGACUCGCUUUUCACUGUGCUCUGAGGUGGAGCACCCAGUAUAAGCGGAUGUGCAAAACCAGUCGCCUGUCUAAAAGUUGUUCUAGGAUGCAAAACGAAGUGAGUACAAGACCUUAGGAGAAAAAAAAAUAUAUGAUGUCUCAGUCCAACUACCCUUCGCCUAUGAGUCCUUAUGUAACGUUUUCAGUCAAUGGAGUAAAUAUUUUCUGAAGUGGAAUGCCAUAUUUUUGGUCCAAGUGGAGCUCAUCACAGUUAUAAAUUAGUUUUAACAGUUGCACUGGUUUGGGUCUCACUUGCACUCAUGUUCAUUUGAGAGCCUGGAUAUUUUUGCAGUAUAAAAAUGUACUUGAAAAAACAAAGUUCAAAAGAGAAAGACUGCUUCUCCCCACAUGUUUCUUGGUCCACUGAUCUUGACUUUGCUGAAUGCCUGGUCCCUUAGGCCCCCUAGAAGAAUACUCUGCUCUUCUUCUUCCUGCUUUAGCUGUGCAGAGGAAAUGCUUACUCCUCAAAAAGGCAGCACAGACAGGGAUGUAAGUCAUGUGUUGUAAAAACUAUGGACGAUACUGAACUUAGGGAUCCUUUUUAUCAGUUGUCAUUGCUUUUUAUUGCUUAGCUCCAUCAUGCUACUCAUGAGUGAAAAGGCCAUCCUUUCAAAGGAAGCAAAUGCUCUUGUGCCAUCUAUUUGGUAGCUUUUUCAUUUUGUACAAGAUAGGACUAGCAGUAGUUUCACAGAGAAGGUGCUGGGCCCAGAAAUAACUGGUUAAUUAUACACAGCAUGUUCACAUCUCCUGUUUCAGCACUUUCUCUGUUUUUCAUUCAGUUCUUCAGCCUUUAGCUCCUGGUCACGCUCCCUUGGUGAAGCACAUGGGAUGGUUGGGAGCGCUGUGAUGUGGGACCUGUGUAGUGUGGGGAGAAGCUGACUUUGGCAGGGGAGAGAUGUUUUACAGGACUGAUGAGUGUUGGGAAUGGCUCUGAAAGUGAAGACCAAGGGAUAGAGGACUAGAAACCUCCUGAGAUCCCAUGUGUGUGUCAACAGGGCCAAGCAGAGCAUGGGAGAUCCAGGGUAACUGGAAGAGCAUGGGUGGGCUGGGCUUAGAGCUGCGUCCUCGACUUAGGGUCGGUGCAUGUGUCUAUGUCUUUGCGUUGUAUGGCAUCACAUACAGAGAUGGAAUGUCACACUUGAAAUGCUUCUAUCAUAGUGCCCCUCUUACAGUUUGUAAGAGAUCCUCAGUUGAACACUCAUCUGAUACCCAUUCAGUGAGCUUUACAUCCAUUUGUAUAAGCAGCUGUGUAUGGAUUUACUUUGUGUUGGAGACUUUUAGGUUAGGGCCUCUGUUACUGACCACUAGACCAAUUCAAGCUCUGUAAGGUCUUCUCUACCAAAAUGCUGAUUGAUUUACAAACUGAAGCCUUAUUUGCACAUCUGGGUGGUAAGCUUGCCUUGCUUUUUGGAAAACUGUGAUUGCUUUUUACAGAAGCAGAGGCAACAUUAAUUUCAGGCUACAUUAGGUGUACAAAGAUAUUCAUAGUGAUGUACUUACUGUCUAAUGCCCUAACGUUGCAUGUCUUGUGUGGUUUCAUUUCUCGUUCUGUUGUUUUGUUUUAAAGAACUGAUGGGUCUGUAAAUUGUAAUCGUGGUGUUUUACCUGUCAAUUCAGAACUGUUAAGCAAGCAAACCUGUUAGUUAUUGAAAAUGAGCAAGAGUUGGGUUUUUUUCUUUGACUUACCCAUACAGUUUUCAUCUUGGAUGUCGUUCCUUUGUACCAUCAGAUUUUGAGAUUUUGCUGAAGCAGUAUUUAUGUGAUGUAGUAUGCAUAGAGCAUUUUAAUUAGUGAUGUUUGAAGAAGGUAACCCUUUUUCUGGCCUGUCUCUCUCCACCGCAGCCCUACACUCCUCCACCCACCCCAACCCCUGUUUAUACACCUUUGUCAGUCAGAUUAUUGUCAAGUUGCGAUUACCGAAUCUGUCUUUUUCGCAAGGUCCAAUGCCGUUCUCCAGUGUGAAAAUUUUGUAGUCCUCUCUCUCUCUUUUGUUCUUGGAAUGCAAAAAAAUAGUAAUAAAUUAAAAAAAUAGAGGGGAAAAAAAAAAAAAGGCUGAACAUUCUUUUGCCAUCUUCUAGGUGUGAACACUAAACCUAAUGGAAGCAUUUUUGACAUGCCCCGGGUAAACAUAGGGAAAGGGAGGCGCACGUACCCGUCCUGUCAGUUCACAACAGAUCCUCCCUACGAGGGAAAAUACUCCCUUUUGUACAGAACCCCUGGUCUCUACGUCCUACAAUAAAUGUUAAUGAACAUAAAGUCUUGAAAUGGGCUUAUAUCUGUAAUCAAAUAACGAAGAAAGAAAGUAGUUAAACGAACACAGCGUUCAGGGUCGAAUGCAUUCAGCAAAAAGCAGUAGUGGGUCUUUGAUCAUGGUUAGAUGCAUAGUGAUAUCAAACAGUGGGUUCUCAUGUAACAGCUAAAUGUUUCAGAUUUUGGUUUAUUAAAUUUGGCAGUUUCAUGCUGAGCUCUACUGUAUUCUUAGUGAGUAAAAGACAGCUCCUAUGGUAGAAACUACUCCAUUUUCACAACUGCAGGGAACUAGGGAGGGUUUGUUUUGGUUUUGCUUUUUUUUCCCCCUGUUUUCAGAAACACGGGCCACAGAAAUGUACUCCUUUCACAGUGUUCUCCUAUUUCUGAGCUGUGCAGUUAUCUAUUAAAUUUUCUAAUAGAUAUUUGUGUAAGGUGUAUGUAUGCUUGUGCAAUUAUGGAAACAAACAAACAAAAAAGUUUUGGAAAACAGUGUAUUUAUGAAAAAAAAAAUCACUUAUGGGGCAUGUACAAAGCUGUAUAAAAAACAUUCAAUUUGCCCAGUAAAGUUGUUUUUUUGUGAUAUUUCUGUGUUGUUGAAUAAAGGACUUUAGUAUUCAAAAUAUCUCUCUUUUUCCAUAAACAGGUUUUGUUUGUGGGAUAUGAAACAAAGAAAACUUCCUUUAUAAAAAAAAAAAAAAGAAAGGAAUCCUGAAAAUGAGUGAGGAGGUUCAAAUGCUGACCUCAGUCUUGUGUAUGGGAAUGAAUGCUUAUGAAGCGGCGGUGCAAUAGCUACAAGACUAAUUUCUUCUCAGUUGGCAAUCAAAACCCCCAUAAGUUGUGUACCUGAAGGUAACAUUGUGCUCUGGGUUUUUUAGAACAGAAAAGAAUGCUGCUUUUUUUUUAAAGACUGGGAAUAUUACAUUGAGGUUUUGAGGCUACUGAAAGGUUAGUGAAGUAGGAGCAAGACCCUUUGCAGAAAAGCCCUUCAGAAACCCUUUAAUGCAGACCUCUGUUGUAUAAAAAGAGUGGACUAGUGAGGAUGAUGUGAUGAAUUACCAGUUAGCUUUGCAAGAAGGUGAAAGGCUUUUGCAUUCAAAGGUGAAAUCUUGUCUGUAACUCUUGCAACAAACAGUUCUGAGAUCCGAGCGCCCUGUUGCUGUUGGAGCAUUUGAGAUUGCAAAUAUGGUUUGGGAGAGAAAGGCAAUAAUAAUCUCCUCUUUUGUUCUAUUGUUUCACAUUUCAAACUUCUGCUCUUUACCUGCCUCAUAAACUACACCUAGUAAAGAAAACAGUUUCCUCUUGCCAUUUUAUUUCCCCCUGCUACUUGCCGACAUUAAGGCAAUUUCUUAUAAGUGGAAAAGUUCACGACUCUGCCGGCAGCAGCUCCUCACCUGGUUUUGGUGAAAUUUGGAAUGUUGUUUCCUUGCAAAAAUAAUUCCUUUAAUAAACAGAAUAUCUGCUCUUAGGUGCCAAAAGAGGGUUAUCAAAGGAUUUGAAACAUGAGGUAGAUCCUUUGGUCUGUAAGACUCCUUCAAUGCCAUCUGAUUUUCCAGGGAAAGCCUUUGUGUAUCCUUUGUUUUUUCAAAGAAAGCCAGAAAAGUGAAAGGAAUGGAGGUGGAUUUUCCACUGAUCCUGUUUGUCUCAUCAAAAUCUGUAAGGCUAUAUGUUCUUGGGAGAUGUAGACUGCUCAUUAGACAAUGCCGAGAGUGAAUCUUGAGAUGUGUUUGAAGAGGAGGAAAGAGGCUGCCAGGCUGCUCAGGUGUAGUCAGUGAUCUCUCUGGAUUAAAUAUAGAAUUCAUAGGGAGGAAAUACAGGCAUUUCACGAGGCGGUCGAUUGGGAAGUGGGAAGAGGUCUCCGAGUUCCUAUUCCUUUAAUGCUUUCUCUUUCAACAUUUUCCCCCUCGAGUAUUGUUUUAUAGAAGUCUGAAUGAAAAACGUCCCUCAGCUCCACAGAGAUACUCGCCCCAGAUAUGAACCUUGCAGUUUAAAACUACCUCUGGCUUUUUAUAGCUUUUCUUUUUUUAUUUCAUUAAAAAAAAACAAGGGGGGUGGGGAAAAGUCUUUUAAAAACCCCAGACAACAAGCAGGUAAUUUUUCAAAUGCCAAACUAGCAAACUCAUCACUGAGCCUAUUCAAAGGAAGGAAAAUACCCCUUUGUGUGAAAGCUCAAUUCUUCUAGGCUAUGCUGGACUCGGUUUGGUUUUGCCACCAGCCAUUUCAAUCCUCUCUUCUAUUUUUCCAAGGGACAAGUUUGAAAUUGCAAGCGGUCUAGUGAUACAGGGCAGCGUGCCUUUGGGGAGGCUCUAGUCACAGAAUCAUAGAAUCAGCCAGGUUGGAAGAGACCCCUAAGAUCAUCCAGUCCAACCUAUCCCCCAGCCCUAGCCAGUCAACUAGACCAUGGCACUAAGUGCCUCAUCCAGGCUUUACUUCAACACCUCCAGCUUUACUAGAUAGCUCGUGAAAUUGGAGGAUAUUAUAUAGGUUGUAAGUUCUACCUUACUUUGCUCUAAGGAUCUACUCAGUCACCAGGGUGUGGUGGGCCCUAAACAGCCCUAAAAUCCCUAAAGAUAAGAAAUCCAUCUUUUUAGUAGCAACUAUGGAACACAGAGUGAAAUUUGGGACCAGUGGAACUGUCUGAGGAGAAAAAAAAGAAGUGAAGUUCAGCAUCAGCAAAGAUGUUUGGAUCUGCUCCCACUGUAGCUUUGUGUUUGUUUGAUGUUUGUUUUUUGAGGAUGGACAGGCUUGGCUGGGUACCUGGAUCCUUCAGCAAGGCAGCUUUGCCUAAAGUAGGCAGAAUGAAGGAAAUGUGGGCAUCACAUUGUUAAACUUGCAAGGCAGCCUGAAGAAGCUGCGAUAUCUGGGAAUUAUUUCCAUUACUCUUUGAACUUUUGGAAUGACUGUGAAGGAUUGCCACAUUAUUUUCAAUUUAACAAGCAGGGGUAGUUUGUUGUGCUACUGCUGACUCCCUGAAAAAAAUGGGGCUUUAGAAAUUAGCUGUAACAGGUUAAUUUCCCAAUAAACUUGGAAAGUAUUUCUUAGUGUAGUACGACCUCUCCCUAAGAGAAGGCACUGUAGCUGCAGGUUUGCUGGUCUGCGUAAGGCCCUGAGUCAAGGAUCUUUGCUAGAAACAUUUCAGCAGAGUUCUUGCAGAAGGGUUUCUAGGUGUUAUGUUGUCAGCCACAGCCCAAAUGAAUUAUUCAGUGCAGGUCUUCCUAGCGUGGUUCACUAUGUGUGUAGGCAUCCUACGUUUGAGAAGAAAACACUUUUCCUCCCUUACUCCUUGAAUCUAUUCUCUUUACAGAGUUAAUAAUACUAAACCCCCCAUACUUCAGGUAACUCCAAAGUGUUAGAAGCAAUACAUCUCUUUUUGGCUAGACAUUUUCCUUGGCAAAGACCGAGAGAAGAGCCCCUGUUGCUUACCCAGGUCACCUAAUGCAGGUCUUCUCUGCAUUGCCUGUAGCUUAUGAGUAACAUCAAUACAUCAGCUUGGCAAUAGCAUACACACAAUGCUACAGAAGAUCUAACCCAAAGGAAACAGGACCCAGCAGGGGAAGUGCCCUCUGCCUCCUCCCUGGUACAUGUCACAUACAGAGUUUGUGCUGCACAUCCAACACGCUUUCUACUUCCAGGAUAUCAGGUUUGCCAUGCCUAGGAGAGGAGUGAGCAGAUAGCAUGCUGGAGAGUUUUUAAGAGGAGAGAAGGUCGACAGCUUUGGUUAGUGACUACUAUUUGCUGACCUAUGUGUUUCACCUUAGCUUCUGUUUUCUCCUCUGUGAGGCCACCAGCUUUAGGAGAUGUAGCCUGCUGUUGAGUAUACCUAGUCUCUUCUGUGCCUACAUUUUAGCAGUCAUACUUAAAAGACUGAUAGUGGAUUUGUCGAGCUGAUACGUUGACCAAGAAUGUACUGUUUAGUGCAAAAUUACAACAACUGGCUUUCAACCUGGCUGGGGAGAAUUAGUGGGUAAAUAACCUGAUCUAAAGAAAUCCGUCACCCACAUUAGGAGCAAUGAACUAAUUACUGCUUUCUGAUAUUCUGCUCUUGCUUGUUUUGCCUUUUUAUCCUGAUUGUUUACAUUCCUAGGCCUGAUUUGCCUUUUUGAUGCAAUGCCAUGUGAUCUGCUGAUUAAUUUUUGUGAGCAAUCAUAAAACUCUAACCUAUGGCUGACUUGGUCUAUUUUUAUGCUAUGCUCCAUAAACAUUCAUUCAUUUCUCAUGAUUACUGUGUGGAAACAGACUUUUACAGGCUAAUAAACUUGGAUUUGAACUGGAUAAA